UGUAUGCUGCUGCCGCCGGGUGUCCAUGGCCCGCACCCCCAAGCUGCCACUGCAGCAGUCAGAGUGCAGCCGGAGGCUCGGUCCAUGCCGUGCCCCCGGACGGUUCUGGCAAGGCUGACCAAGAGGCCUCUGCAUCUUUACACCUAAGAGAGCGGGGUCGGAGUCUCCCCAAGGUAGAGGACCAUGUUGCGCCGUAAGCCCUCCAACGCCAGCGAAAAGGAGCCCACUCAGAAGAAAAAGCCCACCCUGCAGCGCUCCAGCAGUUUCAAGGAUUUUGCCAAAUCCAAACCCAGCUCCCCUGUGGUGAGCGAGAAGGAAUUUAAUCUGGAUGAGAACAUUCCAGAAGAUGACUCAGGUGUCCCCAUCCCCGAGGAAGCUGGCAAGAGUGGCAAAAAGCUGGGGAAGAAGUGGAGGGCAGUGAUUUCUCGAACCAUGAACAGGAAGAUGGGCAAGUUGAUGGUGAAGGCCCUGUCGGAGGAGAUGGGAGACGCCCUGGAGGAAGGCUCAGCCUCCCCGACCUCUCCAGACUACAGCCUGGACAGCCCUGGCCCUGAGAAGAUGGCACUGGCCUUUUCUGAGCAGGAGGAGCGUGAACUCCCAGCUCUCAGCCGCCAGGCCUCAACGGGCAGUGAGCUCUGCAGCCCCAGCCCAGGCUCUGGCAGCUUCGGGGAGGAACUACCUGCCCCUCAGUACACAGGGCCCUUCUGCGGCCGGGCACGAGUCCACACCGACUUCACUCCCAGCCCCUAUGACCAUGACUCGCUGAAACUGCAGAAAGGAGACGUGAUCCAGAUCAUUGAAAAGCCACCCGUGGGCACGUGGCUGGGUCUGCUCAAUGGCAAGCUGGGCUCCUUCAAAUUCAUCUACGUGGACGUGCUGCCCGAGGAGCGGGGGGGGCCUGCCCCCCCCACCCGCCGGCAGAGCAAAGGCAAGAGGCCCAAACCUAAGACUCUGCAUGAGCUGCUGGAGCGCAUCGGCCUGGAGGAGCACACGUCCACCCUGUUGCUCAACGGCUACCAGACACUGUGGGGGGCGCCCGCUGGCAUUCCAGGAGGGGAGGCCUGCCCUGCUGGCAGUGAGGAGGCAGAAGAGGGCUCCGAGGGCAGCCAGGAACCGGUGGUGCACACGGUGUCGGAACCCAAGGUGGACAUCCCACGUGACUCCGGCUGCUUCGAGGGCUCGGAGAGCGGGCGCUUGGCUGGAGUGGAUGAGGGGCCACCUAAAGGCACAUCCUACCUGCCCAGCCCUCUCACUGCACGAGCGACUGACACGCUGCCCCUCCUGGCACCGCCUAUUCCCCUGCCACAGCCACAGCAAGUGGGGCACCAACGGACCCCAGCCAUCCCCUUGCCACCAAAGUCCCCAAACCCCCUCAUCCCUAUGCCACCUGGCCCCUGCCACGCUGCUCCUGAAAAGGAGGCCAAGCCACUGUUUCAGCUACGCCAUCUUGAGGCCCUGCUCAUCCUCCCUGCCCUAUGA